AUGGAACCACGAAAUGUGGAGGGAGGCAAGGACCCACAGGAUGCCUACGAUGAUUUGGUGAAUGUGGUUGAGCAGAAAUUGACACGAACAUUUGUGGGGCGCGAUCAGCAGAUUCGAACACUCAUUCGCCUCCUUGGCCAGAGGGAGGAUCGGGUGGGCUCGCUCAUGGUGUACGGGCCGCCCGCCUCGGGCAAGACCGCGGUGGUGCGUGCCGUCGCCUGCGGGCUUCGCUUGCCUCACGCGCUGGUGGACUGCAGCGCGCAGCACGUGGCCCACAGCCUUCUGUUCGAAGACAUACUGGCGCGGCUCCAGCCACACGUUCCCGCCCUCUCCAUCUCCUGCGCCUCGCCCGCCAAGUUCGUCUCGGCCCUUCGCGUCGUGUGCGCCGGUCGAGCCGAGACCACCUACAUCAUCCUGGACAAAGCAGAGAGACUGCGAGAGACCUCCGGCGCACUCCUCCAGCUGCUGUUGCGACUCGACGAAGUGACGGGGUGCAACAUUGGUGUCAUCCUCAUCAGCAGCAUCGUGUGGGACAAGUUCCUUACCAAGAACGGGCUGCGGGAACCCAUCCCCAUCCUCUUCCCUCGCUAUUCGCGAAGUGAAUUGAUCGCCAUCUGUUCUCGCGACUGCCCCGAGGACAACAGGGACCUCUUCGAGGGCAUCGUGAUGGUGGUGAUCGAUUACGUGGCCAAGGCCUGCACGGACCUCACCGAAGUGCGACGCAUAGUGCUCCAUUUCCUCAACAAAUUCAACGACCCGCUCCUCACUGCCGGCCUAGGCACGGAGAACGGGCGCGUCCUGCAGAAACUCAAACCGCACUUGGGCCAGGUGUGGCAGAAGCUGUUCGCGGGCCUGCCCACCGAAGACGAAGACGAGAGACUCGACUUUGAGCUGGCUGGGUAUGCCAAGUACCUGGUGCUCGCCGGUUACCUGGCGUCCUACAACGACCCGCGAUUCGACGUGGACCACUUCUCCGCGAAGACGGUUGGUCAAGCCAAGAAGGGCGGAGGCAGGACGUUUGCCCAGCUCAAGGAGGACCCGAACCUUCGUUUGCUCGGUCCACGAGACUUCUCUCUGGACCGCCUGCUCGCCAUCUUCUCAGCGAUCGCCGACAGGGUCGGUGAUGUCGACACAGGCAACCACAACAUUUAUCAUCAGGUGAGCACGUUGGUGUCGCUGGGUUUCUUCAUCCGCGUAUCGACGGAGGAGAACCUGGACACGAUGCGACUCAAGUGUAACAUGAGCCACGAGUUCAUCAACAACCUCGCCGCCAACCUUUCCUUCGAUCUCAGCAAUGGUCUCGUGCCGGCUUCGGCCAGCUUCUCCGCUAUGGUCUUCUGUUGCAUCACCAUCAUGUUGAUCGCCUGCGUGCCGGUGUGUACGAGAGUGAGCACACCACGACAAUGA